AAGAAACGUCACUACGUCAUCAUGCUAGAGUGCGUAAACCUAUGGCGUAAACUAAUCCUGGACAACCAAACAAGCUACUGUUACUUGACCACUUUCACUUGACGGGGAAAGAACUUCAAAUUUCUCAUGUAUCAAAAUCUGCAUUGAUUUUAUUGGGAGAAAUAAUGAAAUUGAAGCUUCUCCUUUGUUUUCCCUUACUGCUCUGGUGUUUACUCGAUCAUGGUGUGUUUGGUGUUGAUUCAGAUGAAGUGUCAGUGAUGGAGGGAGAUUCAGUCACUCUACACACUGGUGUUCAAACAAACCAACAAGAAAGAAUUAGAUGGUAUUUUAAUGACACUCGCAUCGCUCAAAUCAAUGGAGAACAGAGUAAAACCUGUACAGAUGUUCAGUGUAAUGGAGGUACUGAGAGAUUCAGAGACAGACUGAAGCUGGAUCAUCAGACUGGAUCUCUGACCAUCACAAACACCAGAAACACAGAUGCUGGAGUUUAUCGACUGAAGAUCAGCAGCGGCAGAAGCGAGAGUGAAAAGAUCUUCAGUGUUACCAUCCGUGAUGGAGUGUUUGUGAUGGAAGGAGAUUCAGUCACUCUAAACACCGGUGUUCAAACAGACCAACAAGACAGAAUUAGAUGGUAUUUUAAUGACACUCUCAUCACUCAAUUCAAUGGAAAAAGUGAAACCUGUACCGAUGUUCAGUGUGAUGAAGGUAAUGAGAGAUUCAGAGGCAGACUGAAGCUGGAUCAUCAGACUGGAUCUUUGACCAUCACAAACAUCACAAACACACACUCUGGAGUUUAUAAUCUGAAGAUCAUCAGCAGUGGCAGCAGUGACAGUGAACAUGUCUUCAGUGUAACUGUCAUUGGUGUUUCUGCUGCUGAACAAAAUAAAAUGAAGAGAAAGUCACUGAAGGAGGGAGAAUCUGUUACUUUAGAUCCUGGUGAAGUAAGAAAACCAAAAGAUAUGAUGUGGUAUUUUAAUGACACUCUAAUUGCUGAAAUCACUGGAGAUCAGAGUAAGAUCUGUACAGAUGAUCAGUGUGAUGAGAGAUUCAGAGACAGACUUAAAGUGAAUCAGACUGGAUCUCUGACCAUCACAAACACCAGAAACACAGACUCUGGAGAAUAUAAACUAUGGAUCAACAGCAGCAGAUUCAGCAUCAUUAGGAGCUUCAGUGUUUCUGUCACUGCUGUUCCAGAUUCAGGUCUGUCUCCAGGUGCUGUAGCAGGAAUAGUUGUUUUUCUUCUUCUUCUGCUGCUCGCUGCUGUUGGUUUGGUUUUCUAUCGCCACUGGAGAUCUAGGAAACAAGGAAACAGGACAGCUGGCGAUGAUCAGGAGAAUGAAGAAGGAGUGGCUCUUGAGGAUAUCUAAACAGAUGGAUGAAGAUAAUGAGGUGUCCUUAAUCGGACAGAGACGCAGCAGAUGAUUGUCACUGAUGGGGUGUCCUUAAUCAGAUUAAGGGCCCUAUUUUAACAAUCUAAGCACAUGGUCUGAAGAACAUGGCGCAGGUGCACUUAGGGCAUGUCCAAAUCCACUUUUGCUAGUUUAACGACAGGACAAAUGGUGGGCACACCAGGUGCAUGGUCUAAAAGGGUUGUACCUCGCCUAUAAGUGCAUAUUACUCACACCCCCUUUAAAUAACAAAAGAAAAAAAAAUACUGCACCAUUGACUUUAGACCAGGGGCACGUUCAAUCUCAAACCGGUGCACAACAUUUUGCUACGGUUUCCAGGUUGAACGACAUGUUUCCUGGAAACGAUGUGCAACGGGGUUUGAGAUAUGUUUUCUCUUGUUUGGUGGGUGUGUCAAAAAUGUCAGCCCAAUCAGCAUCAACAUGUAUAUAAACCACGCGGUAUUAAAGAGACAGCUCGCACAAUGGGUCCAAGUAAAGUCGUUUACAAAUGUGUCCACUGCAGCUUGGUAUACGCAACAAUUGAAGAUAUUAGAAGACAUGCUUGUCGUAAGAGUUUUAUAGUAAAAAUAUAGCAUAUCAAUUCUUCAAAAAGAACACAAAGAAUGGCCUUCUUAGCUGCCAUAGUUGCAACUCUUGUGUCAUCAGAACAGGGUGUUCAACACACCAUCGUUUCCGUUUAAAAAAUGUUUUGUCGGGGCUAAACGCAGCCCAGGUUUCAGUUGGUCAAUGAUGGAAUCCUUUUCAGUUGCCUCAAAAUAGCAACACACCAACAACGCACCUGAACACAACACAUUUUCAGACCAGCACGCCCAUGUGCGAACAGAUGGGCGUGAGUGCAUUUGCUAUUUAAACAACGUGGGCACGACGUGAAAAGAGAAUGUUCUCAGAACUUUAAUUAAUGUUCUGGCAAGAUUUUCUUCCAGUAACAUUAAUAGAAUACUGAUUCAGAGUUAUUUGGUUUUUAAUAAUAUUCUCAAUGUCAUUAUUUAUACAUCAUUCAUGGGGAAUUUUUUUUCUGGGAAUUAUUGUUUUGCUUAUGUGUUUGUGUUGUAGAAUAUUAUCACUGUGUGAUGGAAAUGAUCGUCUGCACUUGAACAGGAAAAGUAUGUUGACCCCAGUUUAAAUGUCAUGUUUGUCUGAACAAUGGAAAAGACCUGUAACUGUGCAAAUCUCUCAGGUUUAUCAGAGCUGUUUCCAGAGUAUGAAUAUAUGAAUGAAUAUAUGAAUGUAUGAAUGAAUAUAUGAAUGUCUUCUUACAAUGCAAAGAAGCUUGAACGAGCUCUGUAUGUUCAUGUGCUAGAUGCCAUUAAAAUGGGUCUAAUUAACUAAUAA